UCUGUUUUUUUUUUUUUUGUUUAUAAACACAACAAAAAUAAAAUAAACAAAAACAAAUAGUAAACUUGUUGAAUUGUUGAUGUAGUUAGUUUAAUUAUUAAAAAACCAUAAUGUCAAUAUUUCAUUUACGUAAUAAUUCAAGUGAUGAUAGUUUUCCAAAAUUUACAAAACCAAAAAUCAUUGGUUAUUUUAGUCUUAAUUCUGAAAGAUCUUGGUCUCAAGAUGCAAAACAAUUAGGUUAUUAUUAUCCACUAUCAAAGUUACAAAAUAAAAUAAAUUUUGAUUUAAAUCAAGGUAUUGAUAAUGUUAUACGUAAAGCUAGUAAUCUUGAUGAAAAAAUUGAUCAUUUAUUAAGAUGGAUUAAAUUAAAUUCUGAUAAAUUAACAACAACACCAGAUUCUAAAAAAUGGAUUGAUGCAGAUUUUGUAAUUUAUCGUGGACAAUUAACAAAAAUAAUGAAAUCACUUUAUGAUUUUAAAGAAGGAUGGAUCUUGUGUGCUGUUAAAUUUAAAGGAACAAUUUAUAUUUGUUCAUUUGAUACUGAUGAAGAUAAAGCUGCUGCUGAAAAUAUAACACCUCAACAAAAACAAUUUAUGUCAUGGGGUUUUAAAUUUGAAAAAUAUUUAUUAACAAAUGAUCCAACUGUUCCACCACAACCAGAAAAGCCAGUCAAUGAAAAUGAAGAAUUUGAUUGUGUUUUUACAACACGUUUAAAUGAUAAAAAAAUAUUAUAUGGAGCUGAAGUUGAUGGUUUAUAUUCUAAUGAAAAAAUUAAUGAACCAUUACCACUUGAUAGAUUAUCAUUUGUUGAAUUAAAAACAUCAAAAACAAUUUAUAAUAAUCAUCAACAAAGAACACUUGAAAAAUAUAAAUUUUUACGUUGGUGGUGUCAGAGUUUUCUGGUGGGCAUUGAAGAUAUUCUUUGUGGUUUUAGAAAUGACAAUGGAAUUAUUGAAAGUAUUCAACAAUUUCAAGUUUCACAAAUGGGUAGAAAUUACAAGCAUUAUUGGAGUGCUGGAAAAUGUAUGAAUCUUUUGGAUAAUUUUCUACAAUUUGUCAAGAAUAAUGUCCUUGAAGAUUAUGAUAAUAAAAUCUAUGUAUUUGAACGAAUGCCAUUUGAAGAUAUAAAAGUAACAACAGCAUCACCUCAUUCGAAAUAUGCUUUUCUACCGACAUGGUUUACCCAACAGUAAAUUCAUUUAAAUUGUUAAAAUUUAAUUACCUAAUUUUGAUAAAUAUUUUUAAAAUGUUUCUAAAGAAUUUAAUUGUUCUUAUCACAAUAAUCAUAUAUUGUUUUUUCUUUUUGUUUUUAAAUGUAUAUUAUUUCAUUUAGCUAUUUAUUUUUUUAUAUUUAGUUAUUUUUAUUUUGACUAAUGUUAAAACAAUUCUAAUAUUUUAAACUGAGUUACGUGAAAAAAAAAACUGUAAAUGCAUUGCAAAGUUUGUAAAAUAUAUAUUGUACUUCCAAGAAAAACAAAACAAAUUAAUUUUUAUAACUUAGAGAAAGAAAAAAAAAAACUAAGUCCAGAUUUAGAACAGUGAUUCAUUGUUUAAUGUACCAAGAAAAAUAUAAUCUUAUCGGUAGCGUACUCAUUAUAAUAAGUUGUUGAUAAGUAAUUUAUGAUUCAAUAUAUUUUUUUAUAUAAAAGGACACAUAGUAUGAAGCUCAACCAUUCGAAAAUAUUAACAGAAUAAAAAAUAAAUAAAUACAAAUAAUAAACGGUCAAUUUUAAAAGCAUUGUUGAUAAAUCAUUGUCACUUUAAUACUGACUAAGUAUUGUAACAACAAUUUAAGUGUUACUAGAAAAAUACAACGAUAGUUUUAUUUUUACAAAUAAUAAAUUAAUUAAUUAAUUAAUAUUUACUGUGAACUGUAAACAACAUUCAAAUGACAAAUUAAUUAAUAAAAAAAAAUAAUUGAAAAAAAAGAAA